AUGUUAGAAUUACGUAUGGCGGCGGAAGAUACAUGUCCCGUGCCAGGUGCAACGUCCAACGGUGCAGCAUCCGCGCCCCCAUCAGCAUGUCCGGACACUUUAGGGGAGCCAGCUGGCGCGCGUGCGCCUUAUGAUUGCGGCGUCCGCCUAAGCGCGCCGAGUAGCAUGGCGGCGCAGCAGGGCGGGCGCGAGGCGGGGGGAAACGAGGAGGCGGUGACGGCGGGUUCGGUGCACCGUGCGAUCGUGCGACACGCGCACUGCUCGCUCGCGUGCGGCGAUCGCGAGAACCUGUCGCCUGGCGACGUCUACCGCGCGGCUGCGAUGAGCGUGCGAGACCACCUGAUCGCGCGGAUGGAUGCGACGGAACGCGCGUAUGACGACGCGGGGUGCAAGCGGGUGUACUAUCUAUCAAUGGAGUACCUUAUAGGGAGGAUGCUGCAGCUCGCCGUCACCUGCCUCGGCCUCGAUGAGCAGUACGGUGCAGCGCUGCAGCAGCUGGGCGUGUCGAUGGAGGAGGCUGCAGAGGAGGAGAGGGACCCAGCGCUGGGCAAUGGCGGGCUGGGCCGCCUUGCUGCAUGCUUCCUCGACUCGCUCACCACUCUCAACCUCCCCGCCUGGGGCUACGGGGUGAGGUACCGCUACGGCAUGUUUGAGCAGCGGGUGGCAGCGCUGAGGCAGCAGGAGGCGCCGGACGCGUGGCUGCACCCCUGGGGGUGCCCCUGGGAGAUCCUGCGCCCGCACGUGCGCCACCGCGUGCGCUUCUUUGGGCACGUGGCGGUGCGUGUGGAGGGCACGCGCACGCGGUAUCGCUGGGAGGGCGGCGAGCAGGUGGAGGCGGUGGCCAGUGACAUCCCCGUGCCGGGCUUUAAGACCGGCAAUGUCAACCGCCUCCGCCUCUGGCGCUGCGAGCCACUCUCGGGCGGCUUCGACUUGUCGUUAUUCAACGCGGGGCGGCACGUGGAGGCGGUGGGCGGGGCAGCGAGGGCGGAGGCCAUCAGUGCAGUGCUGUACCCCGAGGACAGCAGCGACGCGGGCCGCCAGCUGCGCCUUCAGCAGGAAUACUUCUUUGUCUCUGCCACGCUGCAGGACAUAAUAUCACGGCACGUGGCGUCAGGCCGGCCAGUGGCAUCCCUACCAGAGGCAGCAGCGGUGCAGCUGAACGACACGCACCCAGCGCUAGCGGUGCCCGAGGCCAUGCGGUUGCUGCUGGACGAGCACGGGCUGGAGUGGGGCGAUGCAUGGCAAGCCACCGUGGCCCUGCUGGCCUUCACCAACCACACCGUGCUGCCUGAGGCUCUCGAACGCUGGCCCGUGCCGCUACUGCAGGCCGUGCUGCCGCGGGUCAUGGAUCUGAUAUUUGAGAUCAACCACCGGCACUUGCAGGAGGUGGAGGCGCGGUGCAUGGGCGAGGGGCAGCGCAUGGCACGGCUGUCAAUCAUCGAGGAGAGCCACCCCAAGAUGGUGCGCAUGGCGGUGCUGGCAGCCGUUGGAUCGCACGCCAUCAACGGUGUAGCAGAGCUGCACUCCACUCUGCUGCGCACGCAGCUCUUCCCAGACUUUGUCGACCUCUUCCCCACGCGCUUCCACAACAAGACCAACGGCGUCACCCCGCGCCGCUGGCUGCUGCUCGCCAACCCGCGGCUCUCACAGGUGAUCACCAAGUGGUUAGGCUCAGAUGAGUGGGUGCGCGAUCUCUCGCUCAUCCAGGGCCUGAGGGCGCAUGCUAACUCGCCUGCGCUGCAUGCUGACUGGACCGCUGCCAAGGUGGCCAAUAAGGAGCGCCUCGCGGUGUAUAUCCGCAAGACAUGUGGCGUGCAGGUGGAGAGCAGCGCCUUGUUUGACUGCCAUGCGAAGCGCAUCCACGAGUACAAGCGGCAGCUGCUCAACAUCCUGGGGGUCAUUCACCGCUACAACAGCAUCAAGUGCAGCAGCUUUGAGGAGCGUGCACGCAUGGUGCCGCGGGUGGUGGUCAUAGCAGGCAAGGCGGCGCCGGGGUACUUCCGGGCCAAAUGUGUCAUCCACCUCAUCAACGCGGUGGCACAGCGGGUGAACAGCGAUCCCGACAUCAGCGGGCUGCUCAAAGUCGUCUUCCUCCCCAACUACAGCGUCUCGCUCGCCCAGCUGAUAGUGCCAGCGAGUGACAUAUCGCAGCACAUAUCAACGGCGGGCAUGGAAGCCUCAGGCACGAGCAACAUGAAGUUCGCCCUCAACGGGGGGCUGCUGCUCGCCACCAUGGACGGCGCCACCAUCGAGAUCGCCAACGCCAUCGGCCGCGAGAACGUCUUUGUGUUUGGCGCGCUCGCGCACGAGACCCACUCGCUGCGCCACUCCCUGCGCUUCCGCCAGCCCAUCCACGACGACCGCCUCGUUCAGGUGGUGCGCACGAUAGAGGCGGGGGUGUUUGGGCCGGCGGACGACUUUCGGCCGCUGCUAGAGUCGCUGGGCGGCGGCAAUGAUUACUUCCUGCUCUCCCACGACUGGCCCUCCUACCUCGACGCCCAGCAUUCAGUGGACACACUCUUCCUCAACCCCACUGAGUGGUGCCGCCGCUCCAUUAUAGCAGCAUCAAUGAUGGGCAGAUUCAGCAGUGACCGAACCAUUGCCGAGUACGCGCGUGACAUCUGGCACCUCCAGCCUGUUAUCGUGCCGGAGGCGUCGUUGGGAUGCCAGUCCGCCCCCACCUCGCCGUCCAAGCCGCUGCCCUUCGCGAGGCGAGCAGGCAGCGCCGACGCCGCCUCAAUAGCGUCCGACGCGGGCAGCGCGUACGCUGAAAGCUCCGCUUCGGGCGAUGACGAAGGGAGCGCGGGGUGGAGUAUGGCGGGCGAGGAGGGCAAGUCGAACGACGCGUUCCACGUCAUCCACAAGGUCCCCGUCGGCGACUCGCCGUAUGUCCGCGCGAAACACGUCCAGCUGGUGGACAAGGACCCGGUGCGCGCGAUCGCGCUGUUCUGGUCGGCGAUCAACGCGGGCGACCGCGUGGACAGCGCGCUCAAGGACAUGGCGAUCGUGAUGAAGCAGCAGAACCGCCCCGAGGAGGCCAUCGAGGCCAUCCGCUCGCUGCGCCACAAGUGCUCCGAGGUGGCGCAGGAGUCGCUGGACAACGUGCUGCUGGACCUCUUCAAGCGCUGCGGGCGCCUCGACGACCAGGUGGCGCUGCUCAAGCACAAGCUCGACAUGAUCCGCCAGGGCGUCGCGUUCAACGGCAAGCGCACCAAGACGGCGCGGUCGCAGGGGAAGAAAUUCCAGGUGUCGAUCGAGCAGGAGGCGACGCGGCUGCUAGGGAAUCUGGGUUGGGCGUACAUGCAGCAGGGGAACUAUGUCGCGGCGGAGUCGGUGUAUCGGAAGGCGCUGCGCGUGGAGGCGGAUAGCAACAAGGUGUGCAACCUCGGCAUCUGCCUCAUGAAGCAGUCCCGCAUCGUCGAGGCGCGCGCGCUGCUCGAGUCCGUGUCGCCCAACAGCGACCCACGCUGGGGGUCCGAGUCGCACAUAAAGUCGUACGAGCGCGCGCAGAGCAUGCUGUUGGAGCUCGAGGCAUCAGCGGCGGCCGAAGCGACCAAGGACGGCGCAGCUGCGAGCGCGAGCACCAGCGGCGGGGAGGAAGCUAGCACUGACGGGCAGACAGCGGACGCCGGCGGUAAACCCGCCUCCACGUCCUCCGCCUGCGCUGCGCCGUCCUCCGCGGCGCCCAGCAGCGACGGAGUUUCGUCUGACAAGCACCCGCAAGUCAAACCCGCCGCUUCCGUCUCCGCAUUCCACGGCCCCCCUGGCGCUGGUCGCGGCAUGGGUGGCAUGGGCAUGGCGCGCAGCUCGUACCAGCGGCACUCGUCGUACCUGUGCGAGUUCCUUGGCGCGCCCGACAUGUGGGACUCUCUCAUGGCCGACAACAGCGCCGCUGGAGGGAACGCAACGGCGGAAGGAGCGCCGGCAGCUCCGCAAGGCGCCGCAGGCGGUAUUUCGGCGACCGGCGCAAUGGCGCGGACGGUGAGCAUGGGCGCGGGGUGCGGCAACCCGCUCGCGCGCUCCAUGAGCUUUGGCGGAGCGGAUGCGCGCGGAGGGCUGUCGUGCCUCAAGCCCACCGCGCCCGAGUUCAUGCCGGGUUCGUUCGGCCCGAUUCCUCCCCCCGGCCACGGUUCCGCCCCGCCCUUUAUGCACGGCGCGCCGCCCCCGCCGCCCGCUGGCGACGGUCGGCGCACGCUCACCGCGUCGCGCUCGCUCCCCCCGCUGCAGAUUCCCACGGCGGGUUUCGCGCUGGCGGCGGCGUCGCCGUCGCUGGUGCCGCCGCUGGGGCCCAUGUCGAGCGGCUCGCUCUCGUGCACCUCUAGCUUCGGCGCCGCGUCGUGGGAUGACGGCAUGAUGAUGUCAGCGUUCGAGAGUGACGACGACGUGCUCUGCGAAAUGCCCAACGACAGUUACCAGCCGUCUGCUGCGGCUAUCUCCGUUGCUGCGGGGGUCUGGGCAUCGCAGAAGCCGCCCACUUCGGCGCACCUCGCUGCCGCACUGCGCAAGGGCGGCGGAUUCACCGCGCCCGGACACCGCGCGCUUUUCAGGGGUUCCGAGAACGUUCCGCAGUACAUGGCUGGGGGCGCGCCCAUUGGCGCGGGCGGGCCUGGCGCGCGGAGGCCACUGGUGUUUGGGUGCGAGAACCCCGCGCCAAUGGCGGCGAAGGCGCAGAUGGUGGCGGGCGGGCUGAUGGGCGGAAGCAACAUGGGGAUGCAGAUGGGCGCGGACAUGGGCGGCGGCGGCAUGGGCAUGACGACGGUGAUGGGCGAGCGCACUAACCUGGAGCCGCCCGCGCAGUUCAUGGGCGCAUGGGGGGCUGUGGCGCAGGGGAAGGGCGCAUGGGGACCUGCAUGGGGAGUGCCCGGAGAGGGGGGAAGCAUGGGUGAGGGGGAGAAGGCGAAGGAUCAGCAGCAAGUGCAGCAGCAGCAAUCUGUGGCAGAGGUGGGGGGAUCGGGAAUGAAGAGAAACAGAAUGCCGACCCCAGUGAAGGCUGCUGCUCCCAAGGGAGGAGAGAGAGGGGGUGAGGCGGAGGGCGGGGACGCGAGUGCAGCACAGGAGGGCGGGCCGGUGGUGCCGAGGGCGCUAUGGGAGAUGCUGGGGUUCACAGGCAGCCCCGACAAGCUGCUGCUGGAGGAACUCAAGGGCACUGAUAGCGCCAAGAAACUGCUCGCCUCCGCUGGGUCUGCUGACGGGCAGCAGGGCAGCGAGCGGCGUGCACUGUUUGCUGACAAUACUGAUACUGGCUUGGCUGCUGUGGUAGGGGCCGGCAGCCCUGGCGACAAGGUGCUGCGAUUCUUCAAGACGUUCCUGGGCGUGCUGGUCGCGGAGGGCAGCGAGGACGCGCGGGAGAUGAUGGAGGAGCUGCUGUGCCUCUUUUCGCAGUACAGCGAGGCGCGCAGCAAGGCCGUCAGGGUCAACGUCACCAGAGUGCUCUCGGAGGUGCUGAAUUCGUUGCCUGCCAGCUUCAGCCUGUCAGCCGACGCCAUCGUGAUCAUCCGCGAGUUCCUGCACGCGCGAAUGGACGAUCGCAUCGCCGCCAUCCGCGCGUGGGCCGCCAGGGCGCUCAAGCGCAUGGUGACGUUCGAGGAGGACGGCGGAGUCGAUGUGGACACAACGAUCGGGUUAUUCCGAGAAAAGAUGAAAACCGAGUCGAGCUCCGUAAGCUUCGUUGCUUCCCGUGGUGCUAAAUGGAAACACAUUGGGUUGCGCGUGGUGCAGGAGGUGCGCGAGGCGAUGGUGUGGUCGCUGCCGGAGUCCACGAGCACUAUUCCCGACAUUCUUGAGCGCACGGCGGACGUCAGCGAGCGGGUCAGAGCCGCCGCGUACAAGUCCUUCGCCGAGAGAUUCUUCCCCAUCGAGAGCUUCAGCAUCCGGCAGCGAGUGCAGCUGCUGUCACAGGGCCUGGGCGACCGGUCGUCGACGGUGCGGUCGGCGUGCGUGGAGCUGCUGUGUCGCGCGUGGCUGUCGCGCGACUGCGAGGGCGAUCUGGUGCGACUGCUGCGACACGUGGACGUGGAGAGCCACGAGGUGGUGGCGGAAGCGGCGGUCCGGGAGGUCCUGCAGGCGCACAGCGCGGGGUGCGGCGACAUGGAGCUGGUCGUGCCUGAGGGGGGGCUGCGUGGCGCUGUCAAGCAGAUGUCCACUCCUGGAAAAGGCGAGUCCCUCGGGGAAACGUCAGAUUCCAACACACAUACUCCGACCCAGGCUGGGUCGCAUUGCACGUGGUUUCAACAAGCUUGUGAUUUCCAUGAAAUAUCAUCCCACUCCAGCGGCAAAUCUCACGUCUCUCCUCCUUUCGUGGUUCGUGCAGAGGGGUCGGAGGCCGCAGCAGCAGCGGCGCUGCUUACGGCGGAGGAGGCGCUCUUCUGGCGCAUGCUGUGCCUGCACCUCGCCGCGCAGGCCAAUGAGAACGGAUCAAAUGCGGCGGUAUCGGCUGGCGCAGCAGCGGUGGUGGCGGCGGAGGCGGCGAGCGAUUUGAACGCGCAGCUGGAGUCGCUCCUGCCAACCACGGCACAGGACUACCUGACGCUGCUGGAGACGCACACGCAAGCAGGUUCGGAGGGUCGGUUCGCCGCGCGGCAGCUGAUGCAACUGGCGGCGGUGCUCGACUUCACCGACGCCACCAUCCGCGCGCACGCCGCCGCGCUCGUGCACCGCCACCUCGUCGGCGCGCAGUUGGUGCCCGAAGGGACGGGGGAGGUGAGCGCGGAGGCGGAGGACGAGUGGGAGGAGGGCGAGGCGGACGGCAGGUGGGGCGAGGCUCUGCUGGGGCUGGCGCAGCGCGUGCACGCCUCGGAUGCUGACGUGCUCGCCGCUCUCGUGGACGCUCUGGCUGACGUCAGCAAGCCGUUGAUGGCGGGAGUGGCGGGUGUGAAUGGUGUGAGUGAGGGAAUCUGGCUGCGAUGCGUGGCGGCGACGCGCAUGGUGCUGCGCCUGUGCUGCAAGUCGGCAGGCGGCGGCGCGUUCAGGGCGUGGAGGAACCUGCGCGUGGAGCCGCAGGAGGCGCUCAACUGCAUCCUCGUCCCCGCGGCGUCGCACCCGUCGCCGUUGGUGCGCGCGGAGGCCGUCGGCGCGCUGCACGCCUUCGCCAUGCUGCACGCGCCGUCCGCGCGCGCCCACCUGCCUCUGCUGCACGCCGCCGCGCGCGACUCCGCACACCCCGGCGUGCAGAUGGCGGCCGUGCGCGCCCUUGCGGACCUGCUGCUCUGGCACCGCCCCGCCGCGCUGCUGCCCGACAUCGCUGCGCCCGCCCUUAGCGACGAGGGCGAGGGGAGUGCGGUGAGCGGGUGCAGUGCGGGGGAAGAGGCGCAGCGCGCAGGAGGAGAGCGUGGAGGUAGGGUGGCGGAGGUGGCGGAGGGGAGCGUGGACGUGUUGCUGGGGCUGGUACCGCUGGAGGGCGGGCAGGUGGACAUUGAGGCGGUGAGGGACGACGUGCAGCGCGCAGGGCGACACGCGGAGGGGGAGGACGAGGGGGAAGCGGAGGGCGUGGUGGGCGUGGACGCGUCAAAUGCUAGCGGAGCUGUUCAACCGCGCGGCCGUGCUGCCUGCCUGCAAGGUGCUAUCCUCCCCACUGGCCACAGCAGGCAGCGCGAGUGGGAGGGCGUACAGCGCGCAUCUGGUGCAGCUGCUGGUGGAGGUGCCGCUCAGAGCCUCGCAGCAGGACGACGUCAAAUGCCUGCGCUCGCUGCUCCCCAUGUAUGCACCUUCUCAUCACCUGCGAGUCCCUUCAAUGCUCUUGCCGUUUCCAAACAACAAAAAAAAAAACUUCUCGUCCCAUUUCUGCAGCUCUGCACCCAUCCAAUGUCUUGCUCCCGCCCAUCAGCCACCACCACCAUUAACACGCUCACCACUCUGACCCUGUCGUCUCCCCUUCUCCCUUCCCCGCCCGUCUGGUCGUGUGGCAGGGUGGCGGAGGCAGUGCAGGGGCAGCGUGCAGCGCAGCGGCAGGUGGAGGGGAUGGCAGCGCGGCUGAGGGCGCUGGACGCCACUCCGGAUGAAGAGCUGCCUCUGGAGCGCCUGGAGCAGCUGCUGCAGCGCGUGGAUGGCGACUCAGCAAGUGCGUCAGAGGCAGCGGGCAAUGGUGCAACUGCCAUGGAGGGAGGCUCUCCGCCAGGCAGGAGGCAACGAGGCAAGCCCCCAGCGCCAGCCCGUCGCACCUCCCCUUUCUGCAGCCCCGACCCCGCCACACCGCUGCAGCGCCCUUCGCGCCCCUCGAGGCAGUGUAAGGCAGUGGCCAACAGCCGCCUCAAGGAGCAGCUGGGAGGUCACAGCAGCGCCGGCAGACCUGCGGUUGGCGAGGCAGCUGUUGGGGGGAGUGAGGGGGUUAAUGCAGGUGAGGGCGUGGAGCAGGUGGGUAGAGAGGGACAGAGCACGGCAGCAGAUGUGCCGGCUGGGGCUCACAGCGGUGGGAGUGAGGAGGAGAGCGAGAGCAGUGAGAGUGAGGAGUAUGGGAGUGGAAGUGAAAGCGGAAGCGAGGAGGAGUACAGGGCGUCAGUGGGCAGGCAGCAGAGGAGCGCGUGGGCAAAGGAGCAGACCAGUGGGCCACAGCGAGUGGCGUCCGUGAUAGCUGCUGUGAGGAGGCGCAGGAGCAGCUGCAGCAGCAGUGGUGGUGGUGGCAGGGACGCGCCCAUCUAUAUCUCCACCGACUCUGACUCUCAAGACGUGGUGGAUGUGCAACCCGGAGGGAUGGCAGGCACACAGAGCAAGCGGGUGCAGCCCAAGGAGGAGGCAGAGAGCAUCUCGGGGGAGGAGGUGGAAGAGGUGUUGGAGGAUGAGAGUGUGGGCAUGGCAGGAGGGCUCCAUGCUCACAGUCCCAGUGUCGACCGCACAGCACCGAGGGAUGACGCCUCUCCUGCAGCACGGGGGGCGGCGGGCUCCCCUGCGGCGUCAGUGGGCAGUGACGCCACGUCCUUUGCAUCGGCGCUGAGUGACGACCUGGUCCAGCCGUCGCCCUCGCCCUUGCCUGCUGCCAUGCCCGCCAGGCGUGCCGGCGCCAGGCAGAGGCGCUUCAUGCUUGAUGAUGGCAGGAGUGGGAGUGAGGUGGAGAGUGGCGAUUGCACCAAGGGCACAAGCAUGGUGAGAGGACGGGCAGGGGCGCAGAGGGCAGUUGGGAUUGAGAAUGAGAAUGGGGAGAAGGCGGGCAAGGUUGGUGAUGUGGCAGUGGGAGCGGAGAGGCGACAGCCUCUGGCACGUCGCACUGCUCAGUGA